CAAGUUGUACGGUUGACAAAUCAACACUGAGUGAUUAGAAUUAUAAUUUUGUACUAUUCGGGUAAUCGGAACGGUGAGAUUUUAAAAAAAGCUUUAUAAAAUUAUAGUCAAGGUAAUAGUCUUUAAAAAAUUGCCCAACUGUGCAAGAUAAUGCAAGCACUUGGGAUAAUCGUGCCAACAAUUGCCCCAUUAGCAAUAAAGAUAAUUGAAAAAUUGGUUUCUAACGAUCAACCAGAAGCUCCAAAUCCUCAAAUUAUUCACGUUCCACAAUAUCUCUGCUGUUGUAACAAUAGAGUAAAUGAUCACGGGUAUUGUGACACCUGCAAAACGAGAUAUCCUUCUCCAAGAAAAUUAAAAAAAAGUAAUUCACCGAUAAAAUCGAAAUCUGAAAGUUCAACAGUAUACGAUAACGGUAAACUCAAGAGAACUUCCAAGUCUGCAAGGAGCCCAAAUACAGCAGAGUGUAAAAAAUCCCCAAAUAGAAUGAGCAGAAGUCGAAUUGAUCCUAAUUCGGCAAACGAAACGACUUUAAAAGUUUUAAAUAGGAAACUAGAAUAUGGCAUAAAGGAUUUUGGAAGAAGGCCAAUCUCUGAGAAACUUCGCGCCACUUUAGAUAAACCUUUACCAUAUACGGAGUAUAUGUUGAAAUCUACUCAAUCCGAAGACGCUUCUGAGGAAUCGACAUCGUCUUCACUUUUUAAUAAGGAUGAAAAUCUAUAUACUAACGAAAAGAUACAAGAAUCGAUCGCUAAAGCUAAGGCUAAGGCUGCAAAAAAAGCAUCUGAAGCAGCUAAAAACGAAGAAGAAUCAAGAUACGGAAGCUGGUUAAGAACACCAUCGAUUCCUCCAGUUUGGACAUAUUCAAAUGCAGUCGAUGAUCCAAAUGAAUUAUAUAGAAAAGCUAAUGGUUUAACCAGUUUGGAGCAACUAAAAAAUAUUUGCAGAUGUCAAGAUCAAGUGAUAGCAACUAAUAGUACCUGUGUAGUACUUCCAAAAUCUUCUGCUUCUGAGUCGAGCAGUAAUCGCUAAAUUAAUUGAAGUAAUUUACCAUAAUUUGAUCCAGUCCGAAUAAUAAUAGGAUGUAUAAUAUUAUUGUUGAUCAUGACUUAGAUUUCACUUGUUUCGUUUAUGUCGCCCUUGUAAUUCUAUGAUAGUGAUAUUGUCGCAUUAUUAUUGUAUUGUUAUCAUUAAGCUAUAUGUAACUAAGGCAAUUCUAUGAUUCACGUUGUAAGUUAUUAUUUUAAAUAAAGUACGUGUCCCAUUAAA